AUGGAGGAGCUGGUAGGGCUGCGUGAAGGCUCCUCGGGGGACCCCGUGACCCUUCAGGAGCUGUGGGGCCCGUGUCCCCGCAUCCGCCGAGGCAUCCGAGGAGGCUUGGAGUGGCUGAAGCAGAGGCUGUUCCGUGUGGGUGAGGACUGGUACUUCCUGAUGACCCUCGGGGUGCUCAUGGCCCUGAUCAGCUACACCAUGAGCUUCAUGGUGGGGCGUGUGGUCCGAGCACACAAGUGGCUGUACCGGGAGAUUGGCGAUAGCCACCUGCUUCGAUACCUCUCCUGGACUGUGUACCCCAUGGCACUGGUCUCCUUCUCCUCGGGCUUCUCGCAGAGCAUCACACCCUUCUCGGGAGGCUCUGGGAUCCCGGAGCUGAAGACCAUCUUGUCUGGCGUGGUCUUGGAGGACUACCUGGACAUCAAGAACUUCGGGGCCAAGGUGGUGGGCCUCACCUGCACCCUGGCCAGCGGCAGCACCAUCUUCCUGGGCAAAGUGGGCCCCUUUGUGCACCUGUGUGUGAUGAUGGCUGCCUACCUGGGCCGCGUGCGCACCAAGACCACCGGGGAAUCUGAGAACAAGAUCAAGCAGAACGAGAUGCUGGUGGCGGCGGCGGCAGUGGGCGUGGCCACCGUCUUCGCAGCCCCCUUCAGCGGUGUCCUGUUCAGCAUCGAGGUGAUGUCUUCCCACUUCUCCGUCUGGGAUUACUGGAGGGGCUUCUUCGCCGCCACCUGCGGGGCCUUCAUGUUCCGCCUCCUGGCGGUCUUCAACAGCGAGCAGGGGACCAUCACCUCCCUCUUCAAGACCAGCUUCCCGGUGGACGUCCCCUUCGACCUGCCAGAGAUCUUCUUUUUUGUGGCGCUAGGGGCCGUCUGUGGCAUCCUGAGCUGUGCUUACCUCUUCUGUCAGCGAACAUUCCUCACCUUCGUCAAGACUAAUCCUGUCACCUCCAAGCUGCUGGCUACCAGCAAGCCGCUGUACUCCGCCCUGGCGGCCUUGGUUCUCGCCUCCAUCACCUACCCCCCUGGCGUGGGCCGCUUCAUGGCUUCUCGGCUGUCCAUGAAAGAGCACCUGGACACUCUGUUUGACAACAACUCGUGGGCACUGAUGACCCGGAACUCGUCCCCACCCUGGCCCGCGGAGCCUGAUCCCCAGAACCUGUGGUUUGAGUGGUACCACCCACGGUUCACCGUCUUUGGGACUCUUGCCUUCUUCCUAGUUAUGAAGUUCUGGAUGCUGAUCCUGGCCACCACGAUCCCCAUGCCUGCUGGCUACUUUAUGCCCAUAUUCAUUUUCGGAGCUGCUACUGGACGCCUCAUAGGGGAGGCCCUCUCUGUUGCCUUCCCUGAGGGCAUCGUGGCCGGAGGGGUCAUCAACCCCAUCAUGCCUGGGGGUUAUGCCCUGGCAGGGGCUGCGGCCUUCUCGGGGGCCGUGACCCACACCAUCUCCACGGCGCUGCUGGCCUUUGAGCUGACCGGCCAGAUCGUGCACGCGCUGCCCGUGCUGAUGGCGGUGCUGGCCGCCAACGCCAUCGCCCAGAGCUGCCAGCCCUCCUUCUACGACGGCACCAUCAUUGUCAAGAAGCUGCCCUAUCUUCCGUGGAUCCGGGGCCGAAAAAUCAGCUCUCACCGGGUCAUUGUGGAGCACUUCAUGAACUGUGGCAUCACCACGCUGGCUAAGGACAUGCCGCUGGAGGAGGUGGCCAAGGUCCUGACCUCCACCGAGAAGGCUCAGUACCCCCUGGUGGAAAGCACAGAGUCUCAGAUCCUGGUGGGCACCAUGCAAAGGGCCCACUUGCUACAGGCCCUCCAGUCUGAGUCACCUUCCUGGGCUCCAGGACACCAAAGGUAUCUCCAGGACGUCUUGGCGGGGGGCUGCCCCAUGGAGCCAGUGACCCUGCAGCUGUCUCCGGAGACCUCCCUGCACGAGGCACACAACCUCUUUGAGCUGCUGAACCUUCAGUCCCUCUGCGUGACGUCUCGGGGCAGAGCCGUGGGCACCGUGUCUUGGGUGGAGUUGAAAAAAGCAAUUUCCAACCUGACAAACCCACCGGCCCCGAAGUGA